CCAACUAGGUCACCUUCUCCUUCGCCGGAGAAGGCAACACCAAAAUUUUUUUAAAAUGGUCGCCUUCUCCUACGGCGGAUCGGAGAAGGCGACCAAGCGCCAUUUUUUUUAAGAUCAUACGCAUUUAUGAUCUGCGUAUUUUGAAAAAAAAUAAAAUGUCAUUGAAGUUUGGGAAAUGCACUUCUGACGCCACAUGCAUUUCCCAAACGCAUUAGUGUGUCACCAAGAUGGAUAUAUUUUGUACAGAAUAUAUAAACGAUAGAAACCUAGUUGUUUUUUAAGAGAAAAGAGUUAUAGACCCUUAAACUUUAUAUCAAAAGUCAAUUAGACACAUAAAUUUUUAAAAAGUGCAAUUAAACCCUCAAGCAUGUUAAAUUGAGGCAAUAAAACUCAAAAAUCGGUAAAUGACCUGUAAUGUAUCAGUCCGGCGAUCGACGCCAUCUCCAGCAAAAGACGACCAGUAAAGGUCUCCUUCGCCGAAGAAGGCGACUUUUUGGUCGAUGGUGAUUUUUUCCGGCAAUUUUUGAUCAAUAACUUAAAUUUAACUAAAAAUAACAUAUUUGAGGGUUUAAUUACACUUUUUCAAAAUUUAGGUGCGUAAUUGAUUUUUGGUGUAAAAUUUAAGGGUCUAUUUAACCAUUUACAUUUUGACAAAAAUAUUUGAAGCGCAGUGAAGGAUGUCCAAAGAGCCCAUCAAAUCCUGAGGUCCAGCCCAAUAUCAAAAGUUAUCCGGACACGGAGGUUCAAGGAUGGGCAUUUUCGUAUUUCGGAGAAGUAGCCGUUGGUGCUUUGACUACAAAAUCAGGACCCAAUCAUCACUCUCGUUUCUCUGUUUUCAAGUGAAUCUAUCAAAUCAUCUCUCGUUUCUCUGUUUUCUGCCCUAGCUUGCUCCGGUCCUUACCUGAUCCACCGUCGGCGGCUCUCGAUCUCCAACGCUUUCAAUCUCGAUUUCUUGUUUAAUAUACUUUUUUUUUCAAUUUAAUUGUGUUUUUUUUUUUCUCUUAACGCUCUAAUCUAUUCUAUUGCAGGCCCUUUGCUAGUUUAAUUCUUCCGCGAUUCUUUCUCCCAAUUCUAUAUUCUCUCGCUAUAAUCCAUAAUUGAAAUUGUAGUAGUAUUAGUAGUGUUUUUUUGGUGUUACUAACGUGAUGGAUGCAGGAUUAAGGAACUCUGCUUCUUCAAACAAGACUCAAUCCCGUUUCCCUCUUCAGGAGGAGUAUCUUCAGAGAAAAACUUCCCGUGAAAAUUUGGACAGGUUUAUUCCAAAUAGAUCAGCAAUGGAUUUCGACUAUGCACAUUAUAUGGUGACGAAAUGUAAGGAAAAUCCAGACACCAGCUCACCAUCCAGAGAGGCAUAUAGAAAGCAGCUCGCGGAGGCCUUGAACAUGAACAGGACACGGAUCCUUGCAUUUAAGAACAAACCACCCACCCCUGUGGAGGGCAUCCCAAAUGAGUUUUCUUCUGCUGCUUACCAGGCCAAACCAACGAAACCCAAGCGCCACAUUCCUCAGACCUCUGAGAGGACUUUGGAUGCUCCAGAUGUUGUGGAUGAUUAUUACUUAAAUCUAUUAGAUUGGGGCAGCAGCAAUGUUCUUUCUAUAGCUUUGGGUAGUACUGUUUACCUGUGGGAUGCAUCUGAUGGCAGCACUUCCGAACUGGUCACAAUUGAUGAUGAAAAUGGUCCUGUUACAAGUGUUAAAUGGGCUCCAGAUGGGAAACAUAUUGCUAUUGGCUUGAACAACUCUGACGUGCAGCUUUGGGAUACCACAGCUAACCGAUUGUUGAGAACUUUGAAAGGCGGCCACCAAUCACGAGUCGGUGCCCUUGACUGGAACAACCAUAUACUGACUACAGGUGGAAUGGAUGGUCUUAUUAAUAACAAUGAUGUCCGAGUGAGAGCACCUAUCGUAGAAACAUAUAGAGGACAUCAUCAAGAAGUCUGUGGCCUGAAAUGGUCUGCCUCUGGCCAGCAGUUGGCUAGUGGAGGAAAUGAUAAUCUCCUCCACAUAUGGGACAGAUCAACUGCUUCUUCCAACUCCUCGACACAGUGGCUUCACAGGCUUGAGGAUCACACAGCUGCUGUUAAGGCCCUUGCUUGGUGUCCAUUUCAGGGUAACUUGCUGGCCUCUGGUGGAGGUGGAGGCGAUAGGUGCAUAAAGUUCUGGAAUACCCAUACUGGUGCUUGUGUGAACUCAGUUGAUACAGGGUCACAGGUCUGUGCACUGCUUUGGAGCAAGAAUGAGCGUGAAUUGCUAAGCUCUCAUGGGUUUACUCAGAAUCAGCUUACUCUCUGGAAAUACCCAUCAAUGGUUAAGAUGGCAGAGCUUACUGGACAUACAUCCCGAGUUCUUUUCAUGGCUCAGAGUCCAGAUGGUUGCACAGUGGCUUCUGCAGCAGGAGAUGAAACGCUGAGAUUCUGGAAUGUUUUUGGAACCCCUGAAGUGGCAAAACAGGCUCCAAAGUCAAAUCCUGAGCCAUUCUCUCACAUCAACCGAAUUCGCUGAAUAUUACAACCCUCGGCCUGUUUUGGCAUUUGAUAUCUUCUCAAGAUCCAGAUACAGAUGAUGAUAUGGCUUUACAGUCAGCUGUAGGACAUAUUGCUAUGGUGUAUAUGCUAGCAUGCUUAUUUAUCCUUUUCUUGUCAAUACUGAAAAGAAGCACUUGUCAGGAGCUGAUUCACAUCCAUUGUUUCUUAGCAAACACAACUGAAAAUGGAAAAGUACUAUUUGGAAUCUUGUUGAGAGGUCUUCAAAUGCAUUUUUUGAGGCGAAUCGUUUCAGAACAGCCGGUACUCAUCAGAUAAAGGCAGUUGUGGUGUGGUGAUCAAGCUACUUCAUUUAUGAAAUCAGGGUACCAGUGCAGAGUGAGCGAGAUGGGAACGUUUGCAGAUAGGUGUGAUGAGGAAGAACCAUAUCCUGCCAGCUCCUCCAACAUUUCCUCACAAUAGAAACUGAAGGGUAGCUCCAAUCUAGUUUCUGUGCAUAUUAAUUGUGAACAAUACCUCAUUUGUUUGUACAUACAUGUCUUGUUGUUUUGAUGCCUAAUUAGCUCAAAAACAUCCUGCCCCAAUGUUUAGGUUUGGUAUGUAAAUUCCAUUUUGCAAAUCCCAUUUCAGAUAAAGGUCAAUGUCAUUCAUUCUGCUGAA